AUGGCCGACCACCUGGUGGACGGCCCGCCGAAUAAGCGGCAGAAGCUCGGGGAUCCUUUUCAAGGGACUUCGGACUCCGCGGUGGGUAUGGCGCCUCUAAUGAUGCACCAUGCUUAUACAAACUACGGGGGAGGUGGCAGUGGUAACAUGCAACAAAUGCAGGGCCCGCCACAACAGCUACAUCUGCAACAGCAUCAGCUGCAGCCACAUUGGAACAACCAUACCGUCCAGAAAAGAAAUUACAUAACAAACACAGAUAUGUUUGAUCUUGAAAAUGAUCUACCUGACGAUCUAUUGUCAUCGGGGUCUUGGGGUUCUGCAACGGAAAGUGCUAAGCCACCAGCAACAGGCCCAGGUCCAGGGCAGCAAAAUGGUGCCCUUGAUUCAGAACUUAGACAACAUGUACAGCAACAACAACAACAACUUUCACAUCAUCUAAUACAACAACAAGGCAACAAAAAUUUAGUUACUAAUUCUUUAGUAAUGGCUGUUGGAACUUUGGGUAAUAAAAGUCCGAACAUGCAAUCUCCACCAAAUGUUUCUGUCUCUAAAGUAGUUGAUCCACAAAUGGUCGUGAGUCUGGGAAAUUUACCAAGCAGUAUAGCCAGUUCUUUGGCAAAUAAUCAAAUGUCUAUUGCAAAUUCGAUGGGAGGCCUUCAAUCAUCAAUGAGCAUGGCUGGAAGUAAUCCUACCAUGUCAAUGCCAGGUGGAAUAAAUUCUGGCUUAGUUAUGACCAGCAGUGCUAGUGGAAAUAAUAACAUGGGUGGAAUGGCAGGUGGAAGUUUAAUUGUAACCAACAGUUUGAACAAACAACCUUUAAAUACUGUAACUAUGAUGGGCCCUAAUACUCAAGGAAUUCAUCAUCCCAGUGGGCCACAUGGUGUUGCUCAAAUGCAAAAUGGACCUGGAAUAAUGAAUACUAGAGCUGUAGCAAUGCAACAGCAACAACAAGCGCAUAUGGUUGGUCCAGCAAGGGGUCAAAGUCCACAUCAGCAAGUACAUCAAGUUGGUAUUGUUGGUCCUGGUCAAGGAGGUCCACGAAUGCAGGCUCCUCCAAAUAUGACAAAUAUGCCAAAUAUGGGGCAAAUUGGUGCAUCGAGUCCUUAUGGUUAUGGAUCUCCAGCCAGUGGACAAGGGCCUGGAGUUACAGUGUGUACUAACAGUCCUGUUGGGGUUGUUGCACCACAACAAAAAGGAGUGGGAACAAAUAUGACUGCUAUGCAAACUGGUAGAUUUGGAGGAACCGCGGGUCCCAUCGGUUCCACGAAUGUUGUGGGCGGUCAAGAAGGUGGUAUGGCACAACAGGCUCAACCACCUGCUCCAAGUCCAGCUCAACCUCAGUCUGGUGCACCAAGUGGGGGACAACCUGGCCCACAACAAGCUACUCAGGGCCAAAUACCCGGUACCGGUGCUCCAACUGGUGCUACAAAAUCAACUGCUGAUCCAGAAAAGCGCAAACUUAUUCAACAACAGCUAGUUCUCCUGCUUCAUGCGCAUAAAUGUCAAAGACGUGAAAGUCAAGCAAAUGGUGAUGUUUGGCAGUGUUCCUUGCCAGAUUGUAAAACUAUGAAGAAUGUGUUGACUCAUAUGACUGCCUGUCAAGCAGGGAAAAGUUGUACAGUGGCACACUGUAGCUCCUCAAGACAGAUUAUUAGUCAUUGGAAACACUGCAACCGCAAUGAUUGCCCUGUGUGCUUACCUCUGAAGCAAGCAAAUAAGAAUAAAACAACAAAUGCUGCUGCAGCGUCUACAACACAACCAAAUAGUCAACCAAAUCCGAGUCCGACUGAAAUGAGAAGAGCGUACGAUGCGUUGGGUAUUCAAUGUCCUACAACAACACCAGGUUUGGUAGGCAGUCAGUGUGUUACUAGAAGAAUGCCAGCACCAGGCAUGCAAGGAGCACCCGGUACGAUAGGAAACGUUAGACUAGCUCAACCUCAAACUCAAGCCGCUCCGGGUCAAGCUGUCGUGGGUACCGGGCAGCAAGUAGUUGCUCCAAAUGUGUCUCUUCCUUUAAAUUCUGAUCCUAACACAGUCGGAGUGGCUGUUAACCAAGCAGCGCCUACCAGUGGUCCCACGCCUGCUGUAGCAGCGACUGCUGCAAAUGUACAGUCUGUUAAUAUGCAGCAAUUAUUUGGUUUGAACGAUUCAGGUCAGCUUAGUGUUUCAACUGAAAAUAGGUUAGCUAACCUUCAGCUUCCACCUGGACUUCAACCAGGUCAAGUAACAGCGACAGCUGUAGUAGGAGAAUCAAAAGAUUGGCAUCAAACUGUAACACCAGAUCUUAGAAAUCAUCUUGUUCAUAAAUUGGUUCAAGCAAUAUUUCCAACACCCGAUCCACAAGCUAUGCUCGAUAAAAGAAUGCACAAUCUCGUCGCGUACGCAAGGAAAGUGGAAGGUGACAUGUACGAAAUGGCUAAUUCGAGAUCAGAAUAUUAUCAUUUACUUGCCGAGAAAAUAUAUAAAAUUCAGAAAGAAUUGGAAGAGAAACGACAAAAGCGGAAAGAACAACAACAACAGUUACAAGCCCAACAGCAACAACAACAACAACAACCUCAACCAUCUGGAACAUCUGGUCCGGGUUUAAGGCCGUGUGCUCCUCCAGGUGUCGGUACUGUUCCUCCUUCGCGACCAGUUGGAACAGUUACCCCUAGUUUACGUAGUCACUCACCAAGUAUGGGACAACUUGGAAGUCUACCUACAAUGGGCAUUCCGCACAAUAGAAUGCAGUUUCCUCAGCAACAACAAGCGCAACAACAACAACAGGUUCAGUCUCAAACCAACGCCCAAGCUCAGGCUCAGGCGCAAGCUCAAGCCCAAGCUCAGGCUCAAGCUCAGGCUCAGGUACAAGUCCAACAACAAAUGCAACAACAGCAGCAGCAACAAGGAAUCUUAGUUGGUCCACCGGGUCCUAGUCCGAAUGGACAGUCGACAUCCAAUCCCAACGUCGUUCCAAAUCCUGGUCUCAGUCCCUUCGGGCAACCGCAAAUGUCACAAGCAAGUUUAACGACAACUACUACGUCCGCAACAACUAGUCAAUUCCCAACCUCAAAUGGUACUUCCGGUUUACCUAACAGUUCUCCUGUACAAAAUCAACAUCAAUUCCCCGAUCUUAUGAAAGUUAGACUGGCUCAGGCUCAAGCGGCGCAAGCUGCGAUCGCGCAUCAACAUCAGCAGCAGCAGCAACAGCAGCAGCCGUCACAACCUCAGCCGCAACAACCACCAAGCCAAUCGCAAUCACAACAGCCGACAAGUAGUUCGAAUCAAAGCGGCACGACGACCUCGAUGCCACAAGCACCAUCGCCUUUUAGCGGUAUGCAACAACAAAAUAACCAACAGCAAAACCAAUUCAACAGUAGUCGGCCUUUGUCGGUUCCAACACCUAACGAUAAUGGCAUUAGCACCUCGACACCACAAACGAUACCACCUCCCGCUUCUAGUGGGCCUAGUCCUGGUCCAGCGACAACGGCUAAUGGACCUCAAUCUACAACUUCCACACCUAACACACCACUCGUUCCUUCAUUAAUGACUCCAAAUCAGUCAGUUUCUUCCGCUAAUCAAACGCCGCCUCAUCCUGCUACCACACCAUCCCCUGCAGGUCUUGUAAGCCUUGGUAAGGGCAUGACAUCUCAGGAGAGGGCUGCACUAAACGCGCCAAGAACUUCGUCUAUGUCUUCGCAAAUGGCUGCUAUCACAGCUGCCUUGGAUCGUGAUAAUUCUCCUAGUCCACCAAUGAAUAACAAUAAGGGAAAAUUGGAUUCCAUAAAAGAAGAGAACAUGAAAAUGGAGAUCAAGACAGAGGAUGGUUCUGAUAAUCACAGAAUGGACGGUGGUAAAAGUGUGAACAGCGACGUGUCCAUGAAAACUGAAAUAAAAACAGAACCGAUGGAAGAAGGAUCCAGCGAGGGUAUUGUAAAGGACGAAUCUUCUGGUAUUAAGGAAGAACCAGUGACGCCAAUGUCAAGUCAAGACACAACACCAGACAUUAAGCCAUUAGUUCCUGAACCGAUACAGCCAAGUGGGACAUCGACGGACAAGAAGAGAUUAUGUUUAUUCAAGCCGGACGAAUUGCGUCAAGCACUGAUGCCGACGUUGGAGAAGCUUUAUCGCCAAGAUCCAGAAUCCAUACCGUUUAGACAACCCGUUGAUCCUCAAGCAUUGGGAAUUCCAGAUUAUUUCGAUAUCGUCAAAAAACCAAUGGACCUUUCGACGAUCAAAAGAAAAUUGGACACGGGGCAGUACAGUGAUCCGUGGGAAUACGUGGACGAUGUGUGGAUGAUGUUUGAUAACGCGUGGCUUUACAACCGUAAAACCUCGCGCGUUUACAGAUAUUGUACGAAGCUCUCUGAAGUUUUCGAGCAAGAGAUAGAUCCUGUAAUGCAAGCCUUAGGAUAUUGUUGUGGAAGAAAAUACACAUUCAAUCCACAAGUUCUGUGUUGUUAUGGCAAACAGCUUUGUACAAUACCGAGAGACGCAAAGUACUACUCCUAUCAGAAUAGUCUAAAGGCAUAUGGUCUUGUUUCCGACAGAUACACCUUCUGUCAGAAAUGUUUCAACGACAUUCCUGGUGACACUGUGACGUUAGGAGAUGAUCCGACGCAACCUCAAACUGCCAUUAAGAAGGAACAGUUCCAGGAAAUGAAGAACGAUCAUUUGGAAUUGGAGCCUUUUGUUGUGUGUACAGAUUGCGGUAGAAAGGUACACCAAAUUUGCGUGCUACACAUGGAAUCAAUUUGGCCACUGGGAUUUACUUGUGAUAAUUGCUUAAAGAAGAAGGGACAAAAACGUAAAGAGAACAAAUUUAACGCUAAACGUCUACCAGUUACUAAAUUGGGUACCUAUAUCGAAACGCGUGUAAACAAUUUCUUAAAGAAAAAAGAAGCUGGUGCUGGAGAAGUCGCGAUCAGAGUUGUUGCGUCCAGUGAUAAAGUCGUCGAAGUGAAGCCAGGAAUGCGAAGUAGAUUCGUAGAAAAUGGUGAUAUGCCUGGUGAAUUUCCGUACAGAGCGAAAGCUUUGUUUGCAUUUGAAGAAGUUGAUGGCACAGAUGUAUGUUUUUUCGGUAUGCAUGUGCAAGAAUAUGGCAGUGAAUGUACACCACCUAAUACUCGAAGAGUUUAUAUCGCGUACUUGGAUUCUGUACACUUUUUCCGGCCUAGACAGUUCCGAACAGCGGUGUAUCACGAAAUACUUCUUGGCUACUUAGACUACGCGAAACAACUGGGAUACACUAUGGCUCAUAUCUGGGCUUGUCCACCUUCCGAAGGAGACGAUUACAUCUUUCACUGCCAUCCUCAAGAACAAAAAAUCCCAAAGCCUAAAAGAUUGCAAGAGUGGUACAAGAAAAUGUUGGACAAAGGCAUGGUCGAGAGAAUUGUACUCGAUUACAAAGAUAUUUUAAAACAAGCAAUGGAAGACAAACUUUCAUCAGCAGCUGAUUUACCAUACUUCGAAGGUGAUUUUUGGCCCAAUGUUUUAGAAGAAAGUAUCAAGGAGUUAGAUCAAGAAGAAGAAGAGAAACGUAAACAGGCAGAAGCUGCGGAAGCUGCCGCUGCUAAUGCGAUUUUCUCACUUUCGGAAGAUUCUGAAACAGGACCAGACGGCAAAAAGAAAGGACAGAAGAAAGCCAAAAAGUCCAAUAAAUCCAAAGCAAAUCAAAGAAAGAAUAGUAAAAAGUCGAAUACUCCCCAAACAGGAAAUGACCUCUCUGCAAAAAUUUUUGCGACCAUGGAAAAGCAUAAAGAAGUAUUCUUCGUUAUUAGGUUGCAUAGUGCUCAAAGUGCAGCCAGUUUAGCACCGAUCCAGGACCCCGACCCUGUUAUUAAUUGUGACCUUAUGGAUGGUCGCGAUGCGUUUCUUACAAUGGCCAGAGAAAGACAUUACGAAUUCUCCUCCUUACGGCGUGCGAAAUUUAGUUCUAUGUCUAUGCUGUAUGAAUUGCACAAUCAAGGCCAAGACAAGUUUGUUUAUACUUGUAAUAAUUGUAAGAGUCAUGUAGAAACGAGAUAUCAUUGUACGGUUUGUGAUGACUUUGACCUGUGUAUAAGCUGUAAAGAAAAAGACGGUCAUCCUCAUCAUAUGGAGAAACUUGGUUUAGAUUUGGAUGAUGGGUCAUCGCCGGCCGAUGCCAAGCAACAGAAUCCACAGGAGGCGCGUAAACUGUCGAUACAAAGAUGUAUUCAAUCGUUGGUUCACGCGUGCCAGUGUAGAGAUGCUAACUGUCGUCUAACAAGCUGUCAGAAGAUGAAGAGAGUAGUAACGCAUACGAAAGUUUGUAAACGAAAGACGAACGGUGGUUGUCCAAUAUGUAAACAAUUGAUAGCGCUGUGCUGUUACCAUGCUAAACACUGCCAAGAGACUAAAUGUCUUGUUCCAUUCUGUUCGAACAUCAAACAUAAACUAAAGCAACAACAGCUUCAACAACGAUUACAACAAGCGCAGUUGUUAAGGAGACGAAUGGCUGUGAUGAAUACCAGACCCACAGGUCCUGUAGGAGCGAUACAAUCUGUACAACAGAGUUCAAACGUUACUAUGACUACCGGUGUAGCUAUGAAACCAGGAGUUAGUCCUACCAAUCUACCUUCACCUCAUCAACCUGGAAUUGGUUUGAAACCUGGCACGCAAACACCACCCGCUCAUGUCCUUCAAGUCGUUAAGCAAGUACAAGAAGAAGCUGCGAGGCAGCAGGUGCCACAUGGGUAUGGUAAAGUAACACCAGGCGGUGGAGUCGCUGUUGGUGUUGGUGUAGGAGGACAAACGGGUGGGGUAAUGCCACCGCCACAAAUGCAACGGCCAAUGCCCGUCCAGAUGCCAAAUCCCGGUGGUACACAUCUCAUUCCAAUGGAUCAAUGGACGGCAAGUAGGUAUCAGCCGAAUGCAGUGAUGCAGCAGAAUCCUGGUUUGAGGCAGCAAACGCCGCAGCAGUUAAUGCAGCAGCAACAACAACAUCAAGGACAGCCAGGAAUAGGAAUGGGAGGACAAAUGCCGAGACAACAAGGAGUAAUGGGUGGUCCGGUUAGUCAGAUUGGACCGCAGGCCCAAAGUAACAUGCACAAGCAAGUAUUGCAGCAACUGAUGCAAACACUUAAAAAUCCCCAUACUCCGGAGCAACAAAACCAAAUACUUCAAAUACUCAAAAGCAAUCCACCGAUAAUGGCUGCAUUCAUUAAGCAACGGGCGCUUGCCCUUCAGCAACAAAGUGGUCAAUACGGCGGAGGAGUCGGCGGACCUUUGGGUCCUAAUCAGCCGCAACAACAACCUGGUUUGCAGCAUAUGAUGACUCAGCAGCAGCAGCAACAACAUCAGCAGCAGCAGCAGCAGCAGCAACAACAGCAGCAGCAGCAGCCAGGCAGAAUGCAAAUACAGGCGAUGCUAAAUCAGCAGCAGCAACAACAGCAGCAGCAGCAGCAGCAACAACAACAGCAGCAGCAGCAACAACCUGGUUUGCAGCAGCCUGUUCAGCAGCAAUCGCAGUGGUAUAAACAGCAAAUGCUGGUAAUGCAGAGGCAGCAGCAAGCUCAACAACAGCAGCAGCAGCAGCAACAACAGCAGCAGCAGCAACAACAACAACAACAACAACAACAGUUUACUCAACCGCCAGCUCCUCCUUACGGUCAACAGCGACCCAUCAGGCCGUCCCUUCUCGGUAAGAAUUAUUUAAUUCUGGAGAAAACGAGAUUCGCACAGCCGGCGGUUGGUUCGUGGUCUAACGCUUGCCACGAUUCCGCGUAUUCUUCCCCAGGUUAUGGUGGCUUUAGCGAACAAGGAUACGGUCAACCCGGUUUAAAGCCAACACCACCACCAGUACCUUCUCCGCAAGGUGUGAUGGGACCUCCAGGGAUCUCUGUACAGCAACAAUUAAUGCAGUCCGUUCGAUCUCCACCGCCAAUUCGAUCUCCUCAACCAAAUCCCUCCCCACGACCGGUCCCAUCUCCGCGCAAUCAGCCAGUUCCUUCUCCUCGAUCAGGGCCGGUACCUUCGCCUCAUCAUCAUCCACCACACGGUACGCCGACGCAUUCACCGGCUCACGAACUAGGCGGGCCAAGCGAAAUGAUGCUUUCGCAGUUGAGCGGCGGAACAGGUGCACCGACCGGUCACCCGGGUAACAUGCCUCAUCAUCCGUCUCCGGCCCCACCGCCCACUAGUGGCACGGACUCCAGUGAAGUGACGCCCAUGACGCCACAAGACCAACUUUCGAAAUUUGUCGAAGGAUUGUAG